UCAUUAAUUUUUUGCAAGGUCGAGUUUCUGUUUUAGUGUAUUUUCCUGUCACUCUGUCAGUUAUCAUGGCGGUGAUAAAAAUAAAUAAUUGUCAAUUUCGGAAUUGUUUCUAAUUAGUGACAGUAAUUAUUUAUGAAUUGUUGCAAAAAGAAGAAUAUUCGAUCAGCCAUUAUUGAUCCCGUUCAGUUAUUGCGUCAAAUGAAUCAUUUUCGUAGUUAAAAACAGUCAAUUUACAAUGAAUUCAGAUGGUACCCAAAGAAGUGGGGUUAACAAAGACAAUUUACCAUCAAGCAGUCAAGUAACAAAUCCGGACAGCAAUGCUAAUUUAAGCCUAACAACUAAUGAAAGUAAAGGAGCCAUACCUAAAACAAAACUAUCAAAAAUAACCUCUAAAAAGACCAACAACAAUGUGGAUGAGACAAGUGUGUUGACUGCUGACCCUUUAAAAAUUAAUGGCUUUACCAAGAACACUUCGCCUUCUAGCAAUUACUUAAACAAUACGUAUGUAGAAUGCCUUGCAGCAAAUGUGCAAGUUAAUCCUAAAAGCACUGGAUUUGCACAGAGCUCUUUAAAUAUUCCUGUAGAGAAUGAUUUCUUGAAUGGGCCAUACCUACCGAUGAAUAAUUGUAGCUCAAGCUAUGGUGAUUUGGUAGAAGCUGGUGCAAGUUACAGGGAACAAAAUUUGAAAGAUGACAGUUCUAGUGAUGAUAAUGAAUUGUUGUCAUUAUCAGAUGAUGGCUGUAUUUACACCUAUAAAGGGGAUCAAGUGGCUGACUUGCCAAGCUCGUUUUAUAACCUGGAAAUUCCACCGCUGGACGAGGUGCCAGGAAAUGGGCGAGAAGAAAAUUCCAGUCCCGAAAUGGACUUUCUGGAAAUGGACUUCGACCCGGGUCCCUCCGGAGACGCCGACUCUGACUCCAUAUCAAACGCCGAAAUAGACAACGCUGCAAGUUUGCCCUUAGACUCGAAAACUGAGAAGGUCGUGGAACCAAAACCAUGUUGUUCAAAAGAUUUAAACAAUGAGAUCCCCCAAGAAACGAGUAACAUUAACAAAUUCGACAACGGUGUAAAAAGCAAGUAUCUCAACUUGACCAAAACAAUUCCGGAGCCAAUAAAAGAGCCCGUUACUACGACAAAAACCGAAAUAAAAAUGCCAUGGUCGUGCACCCUCUCUGAACGCACUCGAACCGCAAAAUGCCUUCGAAUGGUAAAAAGACACCACAGUUCGAGAGGUGAACUGUCAUCCCCGAGCGAAACCGGCUUAAAUAACGACAUCAAUAUUACAAACUUAACGUCGUUUCAUAACGCCACCGGUAAAAUUUUAAUCGAUGAUAAAAACUCGGUGGCCAUUGAUGUGGAGAAAACCAUGAUCUGGACCCAUCACGAGGCUUGUGUAAAACAGAUCACCCAAGUGGGGCCUUCGGCCUGUGGCGCCACCGCCGUGUUGAAUGUCCUCAUUGCGCUUAGGUUUCCCAUACCGACGCCUGAAAAAGUUCAAGAGUGUGUAAAUACAAGAAUGAGAGCCAAUUCGAGUCCUCUGACCGAGUAUCUACUUUCGAGGAGUCGAGCUGGUUGCACUCACAGAGACUUGAUCCUAGGAUUGUAUAAACUGUCAGAUAAAAGACUCUACUCGAGGUUUUUCGCAAUGUAUCCCGAAAGGGUGGUCAACUUGCAAUCGUGGUUGGGUUACUGGAUAAAAAACGGUGCUGUGCCGAUUGCGACGCUGAAUUUACAAAAGUGUGAAGGGAAUAUUCCCGAUAGUUGGCACCACCAGAUGAUUUUUGGAGUGGGUCCUGAAGGGAUUUACUUAACGAAUCCGCUGGAGUGUAUAGAUCCAGCCGAACUGUGGCCGCAGUUGUCGUCAGAAUCUGUGUUGUUAAUUAGGACUGAAGAUGUGAUUUCGAGGUGGAAUCCGAAGGUGGAUUUACCUCAACUGAUGAGGAUUAAUGACGUGCGAUGGAAGGAACUGAAUGUUGUAGGUCAAAUUGCGAAAGUGGUCCGGGAAAGUCGCAGAGAGACCCGAGCCGACUACAUUUCUACAUCACAUAUUCGAAUUCCAGCCGAGUAUAAAGCCGGUAUCACCCUUGUUAUCGAUAUAAAUUCCCCUGCUUUUACACUGUUACGUCAGUGUCCCGAACUGCCUUUGCUGCAGCCCGAAUAUGCAGCGAGUGCCUUGUAAAAUAGUUGCAGUGAAUUUUAAGCAGUUACAAUUUUGCGCUAUAAGUGCCAUAAUUAGGUUUCAAAUCUCGUUUUGUUGCGUUUUUUGCUGGUGACAGAGGUUUAAUUUGGGAGAAAUUAUUAUUUCGUACUUACAUAUCACACAGCUAAGUAUUUGAUUUGUUAUUAGUUGAUUUCACGCAUAUACCUACAUGUAUACUCAUAUCAUAGGUAGGGUUGUUAUUCUGUACAAACUAAUUUUAAUGCAAUAAUCUUGUUAAUGUAGUUGAAUGUGAUAAACUAUUUUAAUUUUUUAUCUUUUUAAAUAGUGCCAUUGGAUACUAGAAAUUUUCAACCAAAGAUCUAAGUAACGUGACCCGUAAUGGGCACUUUAAUCGCUGCAAUAUUUCUAAAUAAAACUUGGACCCAAAUUCAUAUUUUUGUACCUUACUUUGUUCACUUGAAAUUCCAAUGCAGCAAUUUCUAGUCGCAUGGUUCUGAAAUAACGUUAAUUUUGCUUCACACAGUUAUGCACACUCAAGCAAACAACAAUAACGUCAGUAAUGUAAGUUUUCUUGUAUAUUUUAUAAUCAGCCAGUCUUAUAAAACGAUAAUAAAAGCCACUUUAUACCAGAUACUUCCUUGUUUUGACUUCGCCGACUCAAGUCUCUUUCGGAAUAGACGCAGUACUGACGUUUCCGCCUCGCUCGGGUUCCUACCAUCAAAAGUAUUUAAUUUUUAGUAAAGACACAUCAUCAGAAGUGGGUUCUGAUACUACAUUUCGUUCCCUGCUUCCAUGACCCCCAUCAUUCGUAUUGUAAACAUACCAGGGAUCGGUUUUGAUCCCCGGAAUCCUAAUCCUGGCUUUAAGCGGCGCUAAAAUUUUAUUUAUUAAUGAUUUGCACAUCAUCGACACUUUGGGUUCUUUCGGGUAGACAACUUUGUUGGUGACUUGCUGCAGAAUUGUGGUCAGAACAAUUUUUAACAAUGAGAGGAAUACCUUGACCAAAUCGCGGUAAUUCGUAUCAUCGAAUGGCAAACGGCCGUAAACCAUGGCGAACAGGACAACCCCCAUUGACCAUAUGUCGGAAAAUUGGGGCUGGUAGGGGAUACCUUUGAGGAUUUCGGGGGAAGCGUAAGCGUAGCUCCCACAAAAGGUUUCGCUCAAGGGGGCUUGCCCGUUCUUGACCUUCAUGUGGCCUCUGGCGAAGCCAAAAUCCGAAAGUUUUAUCUCGAAUUCAGUGUUGAGGAGUAGGUUUUCACAUUUGAUGUCUCGGUGUACUACACCUCGCUCAUGGCAAUAGUCGACAGCGUCGACGAGUUGUCGAAACCACUUACGAGCUCGGUUUUCCUCAAUGUAUGACUCUUUGCGAAUUAUUUCUAAAAGACUCCCGUUUUCGGCAUAUUCCAUUAUAAUAUACACUCUGAGCAAAACAAGACAGUAAAGGGGUGCACAAGGCGUAAUUUUAAACCUGUGGGUCGUUUCUAUGGCUUGCAAAAAUCGGAUCAAAUUUGGGUGUUUGAGUCCUUUAACCACUUCGAUCUCCCUUGGUAAAAAUUUCUUCAAGUAGUCUGCCGGUGCUGAAAAUUUGCUUACGAUUUUGACCGCGACAUUCAUGUUGUGACGCUCGCUGUGUGCCAUCUGAAAUUAAUUUGAAAAUUUUAGUAGUUUCGCCUAUUUGUGUGGUAUACGCACCCGCACUGUGGCAUAUGAGCCAGAACCAAUCGUUUUUCCCAAAAUGUAUCCAUGAGAUUCAAGAACAGUUUGUUUCUUGCCUUCUUUAAGUAUCGGCUGGCCUGUUACCACUUGAGUGGUGAUGAUAGGACUGUUGGUUUUUUGGGGAGCGGACAUAACUUGUAAUACCAAAUCAUGUCACUAUAAGCUAAAAUGAUUUAUUCCAUUUUUACUGAAAUUUUGAAUGACACGAAAAUACUAAUGACGUAAGACGUGUCAACAAAAACAAAAUUUUGAAACGUAGGUGACAAUUUUCACUGUUCUUUGCGGGAUUCCAAAAUGGCAAUAAGUUCGUGUAUUUUAUAUAUUAUUAAGACACUUUAAUUAAAUUCAUUAAAGUUAAGUCAAAAUUAUUCGUAUUGUAUAAUUACUUUGCAUUGUUAUCUAGCAACUCGCAACUUCAUAAAUUUAUGCAAAUGGUAGUUAUUGCUUCGGAGUUGGGGAAUUUACCGGAGACGUGCUUUAAUACAACAUACACGGUGAAUAAAAAGUAUGGAACCAAGCGUUUUUUGCAUAAAC